CCGUAAGCCCAAAUGGCAUCAUUUCUACAUUCUUCUCUCUCCACACCACUCCUAAUAAAUCACACGAGAACUAACUUCUUGUUUGCUUCUUCAACCCUUCUAUACGAUUCUAUGCUCAAAAAACUACUAUGGUCUUCACCAGUUCGUCACUUUGUCUCUCACCAUCAUAAAUCUGCUACAGAAUACUCUUAUAUUCGUCGUGUUUCUUCACUUUCUGGGCCUUUCUCGGUCAUAUCUCGUCGACCCAUUCACUCCUUCAAGGUCCUGGCCAUGGCAGAACAAACCCAAAACCCCACAUCGCAGACCCACAAGCACACCAAUCGUCUUGCGGCCCAGCACAGUCCUUACCUUCUUCAACAUGCUCAUAACCCGGUCAAUUGGUAUCCAUGGGGUGAAGAGGCAUUUGAAGAAGCUCGCAAAAGAGACGUGCCCAUCUUCUUAUCAAUCGGAUACAGCACCUGCCAUUGGUGUCAUGUAAUGGAGGUGGAAUCUUUUGAGGAUGAAGGUGUUGCAAAAUUGCUGAAUGACUCGUUUGUCAGUAUCAAGGUAGAUCGAGAAGAACGACCAGAUGUUGAUAAGGUGUAUAUGACAUAUGUGCAAGCUUUAUACGGUGGUGGUGGUUGGCCAUUGAGCGUCUUCCUUUCAGCUGAUUUGAAGCCUUUGAUGGGUGGAACUUACUUUCCCCCAGAUGAUAACUGUGGAAGACCUGGGUUUAAAACUGUACUUAGAAAGGUGAAGGAGGCUUGGGAUAGCAAGAAGGACGUCCUUGUUAAGAGUGGAGCUUUUGCUAUAGAACAACUGUCAGAAGCAUUGUCUGCGUCUGCAAUCUCAAAUAAAUUGCCAGAUGGGCUUCCACAAACUGCAUUGACCCUAUGUGCAGAGCAGCUUGCAAAAAGCUAUGAUACAGAGUUUGGUGGGUUUGGUUCUGCCCCCAAGUUCCCUAGACCAGUCGAGAUUCAACUAAUGAUGUAUCAUUCAAAAAAGUUGGGGGAAAAUGGAAAAUCAGGUGAAGCAAAGCACAGUUUGAAAAUGGUCUUGUUUAGUUUGAAAUGUGUGGCAAAUGGCGGCAUCCAUGAUCACAUAGGAGGCGGUUUUCACAGAUACAGUGUGGAUGAAUGCUGGCAUGUUCCACAUUUUGAGAAAAUGUUGUAUGACCAAGGGCAGCUUGCUAAUGUUUAUUUAGAUGCCUUUUCCAUCACCAAAGAUGUAUUCUACUCGUGUACAUCUCGGGACAUUCUUGAUUAUUUGAGAAGAGACAUGAUUGGACCCAAUGGCGAAAUCUUUUCAGCAGAGGAUGCUGACAGUGCUGAAUUUGAAGGAGCUGCAAGGAAAAAGGAGGGUGCUUUCUACAUAUGGACCAGUAGUGAGGUCGAUGACAUACUUGGAGAGCAUGCAACUCUUUUCAAGGAACAUUAUUACAUAAAACAAUCGGGGAAUUGUGACCUCUCUAGAAUGAGUGAUCCUCACAAUGAAUUCAUGGGAAAAAAUGUGCUCAUAGAGAGAAACAGUACUUCCGCAAUGGCAUCAAAAUUUGGUUUGUCCGUUGAGAAAUAUCUUGAAAUUCUAGGGAUCUGUCGUCAAAAACUUUUUGAUGUGAGAUCGAAACGACCGCGGCCGCAUUUGGAUGACAAGGUAAUUGUCUCAUGGAAUGGACUUGCAAUUUCAUCUUUUGCCCGAGCUUCUAAAAUUCUCAAGGGUGAAUCUGAAGGGACCAAGUACAACUUUCCUGUUGUUGGUUGUGAUCUGAAGGAGUACAUGGAAGUUGCGGGGAAGGCAGCAUCUUUCAUCAGGAAGCAGCUUUACAAUAAGCAAACUCGCAGACUGCAACAUAGCUUUAGGAAUGGCCCAUCUAAAGCACCAGGAUUUUUAGAUGAUUAUGCCUUUCUAAUUUCAGGGUUGCUGGACCUUUAUGAAUUUGGUGGUGCAAUCUUUUGGCUGGCAUGGGCAAUUGAACUGCAAGACAUCCAGGAUGAGUUGUUUCUUGAUAAAGAGGGAGGCGCUUAUUUUAAUACCCCAGGGCAAGAUCCUUCUGUUCUACUUCGUGUGAAAGAAGAUCACGAUGGUGCCGAGCCAUCUGGAAACUCAGUCUCAGUGAUCAAUCUUGUUAGAUUGGCCUCCAUGGUUUCUGGCAGUAGGUCGGAUCAUUACAGGAAAACUGCAGAGCAUCUUCUGGCAGUUUUCGAGACAAGAUUGAAAGAGGCUGCUAUGGCUGUGCCUUUGAUGUGCUGUGCUGCUGAUAUGCUAUUUGUCCCUUCACGGAAGCAAGUUGUCUUGGUAGGGAACAAGUCGUCUUCAGAGUUCGAAAACAUGCUCUCUGCUGCCCAUGCAUCAUAUGAUCCCAACAGAACUGUAAUUCACAUAGACCCGGCCGACGCAGAAGAGAUGGAAUUUUGGGACGGGAACAAUGAUAAGAUUGCCCUAAUGGCUAAGAAUAACUUCGCUGCUGACAAGGUGGUUGCUCUUGUGUGCCAAAACUUCACUUGCAGCCCUCCUGUCACUGAACCCGGCUCUCUUGAAGCUAAGCUCUCUGACAAUCUUUAAAAAGGGCUAGUCUAUUCCAUGAGGCUCCCACCAUUGGCGCCUCUUCCGCCUAUAGUAUAGACGUGCUGUGACCAUAAAUAUGGAUAUAUGAACACAAGUUCAGUUCUGGUGAAAGUGGGGUUGUAUAGUGGUUUUAUAUGUAUGACAUUUUUUUUUUUGGGGUCAUGAGGUUGUUAAUACUGGAGUUUUGAAGUAUCUGUUAUGGUUAACAGGUAUGUGAGUGUUGUGACUGUCCUAGAAGUGAGUUUUAAUUCAUUACUUGGAAAUAUAAUUCAUACGUUGGACAUUCA